AACUCAGCGCGUGGACGGCGUGUGGAGGAAACCAGCAUGGAAUUGGUGGAUUGGAUAGAAACAGAAUCUGGGAACCGAAUCUCCAAGCACGCACUGAUCCAUGGGUCUGACCACAUUUUGAUCGCAGGCAAUACGACAAUCUCUGCGAAGGUUGAACUCCAUGGCGACAAGCCGCUGGUGCAGGGGAGUACUAACGCUAUCCAACUAGGUAAAUUCUGCUAUUUGGACGAAGGGGUUGUUAUAUCGCCUCCACUGUGUACAGGUUCCCGUCACAAGAUCUGCAAGAUUGGGUCGUACACGAUGAUUGGCCGUGGCACCAUUGUUGAAAGCGCUAACGUUGGUAACCGUGUUGUCAUUGGGCCCAACUGUAAGCUACACAAGUCCAGUACUAUUUAUGAUUGCGUCGUCAUUAAACCGAAUACCAUUGUCCCUGAGAAUUAUACCAUUCCGCCGUUUUCCAUAGUGUCAUCGUCCAAGAGCCCCGGUGGUGUGCUAAGAGUGGAGCACUUGCCGGAAUCUUAUAAGAAAGUUGUUGAGUUGAACAGCAAGCUAAGCUACAUCAACAGCCAAUUUAUCCCCUCUGACACGCCAUAACCAGAGGCUCCACUUGUCGGUAGUAUGAGAUAGCGAACAUUCAGCGCUGAAAGCUCUAAAUACCGCUCAAUCGCACUUACAUUCUCCACACAGACGAGAUCUGACUUAUUCAAUAGUAACAACAACUUCAUCUUCUUUCCAGCUUCUGGAGAGACUUCUUGAUCAAGUUGUAAAUUUGUCAGUAUGCUUUUAACGCGGUCCAAGUA